AUGGACUUCAUAAGUUGGCCAGAGCUCUGUAGUCAGAAAGAAGUGGGCGGGCAACCCACCAAGGUGAUUACGGAUGGGUGGUUUUACAAGUCUGAAGAAUGCACCGUGAGCAGUUCUGUUCUGUUGGGUUCACCGAAACAUGCUGCCCAACAUGCUUUGGAGAUGGCAGUCAAUCAGCCUCUUGAGUUUUCUGGGAACUUGCGGCUGAUGGGAAAAAUUGUAUUCAAAGGGAGGGGAAGAAUGCCUCGUCCUUGCCUGACUGUCGUCGGAGACUUGAUUAUCGAGUCUGGUAUCAUUGAGUUCGAUGGGUGCUUCAGUGAGAACGGCCCUGGGGCUGUCUCUGCAACCAGGCUGGUGCAGCGGGGUGGCCAAGUUGUGUUUAGAAGAUGCAUCGGCGUAACCGGCGGCGGCCUUUUCUUGGAGAAGGGCCUGGAGCAGUUGGGAGGCAGCUUGACAUUUGAGGAGUGUCAGGCUACUGCAGGAGGAGGUUUGUUCCUGCUGUCAAGCAUUCCCGGUCAGAUCGGAGCACAUGUCGAUUCGAAUGGCACCAUUGCAUUCCGCUCAUGCACAGCCACGCGUGCGGGAGGAGGGUUGUAUGCAGGAGAAGAAAACAUAUUUUGUUCAAGUGGCCUGCUGCAAUGGACCGGUGGUGUGGCAACCUUCUCGCAAUGCCACGCACCAGAUGGAGGCUGCCUCGCAGGAGGUGGCUUUCUCCUGAGGCAGACGAGGCUGGAGUUUAGCAAGUGCAGAGCAGAGCAGGGUGGAAAGGUCAAGCCAAAUCAGUUUACAGGCGGGGCUAUCGCAUUUUGCGACAUGCUCGAACUGGACCACGCGGUUGUACACAUGAGCGGGUGCUUGUCAGAUGGGUCUGGUGGUGCUAUAGGUUCCUACACCUGUGCAGGCAGGACUUCGUCUGUUACCAUGCAGGGAGGCAGGUUGGACGUCAGAAACUGUCAUGCGGAAGCGGGAGACGGGGGAGGACUCUUUGUCAAGGACUUGAUCUUUGCCAGAAGCACGGCCAUCUCCGUUGAUGGUUGCGUCGCCCAGGGCUCCGGUGGGGGUGCUGCCGCUGGAAGUGUGGAUUUCUUGGACGUGAACGUCAGUUUUCAAAGAUGCGAUGCCCGAGCGGGGGCCGGCGGGGGUUUGAACGUCAGCGGUGCCUGGAAAACACGUGGUGCUACGGCAGUCUUCAGCUCAUGUACAUCCGCUGCAGAUGGUGGUUGUGCCGCCUUUGGGGCUAUAGAAAGUCGUGGCACUACGAUGAAGGUUCAGAAAUGCACUGCUGGGCGCAAUGGCGGAGGAAUUUUCAUCGCGAGCCGGGUAAGCAGCAGCGCAUCGGAGAUGGAGUUCCAAGAUUGCAAUGCAAGGGGCCGAGGCGGUUGUGUAUCUUUGCACGGUCUCGAUACUGUUUCGGAGAUCAUGAAAUUCGAGAGAUGCCGUGCAGAAUUUGGAGAUGGUGGAGGACUUCACGUGCAUGGAAGCUGGACAGGUAAAGAUGCCAAUGUGUCCUUCUUGGACUGCAAAGCAGGCCGCAACGGUGGGGGAGCAGCUGCGCAAAAUGUUGAGUUUGAUGGAUUUGGCAAAGCUGACUUCCGCAAAUGCCAGGCUGCUUUUUCAGGUGGAGGCUUGAUGCUGUGGACAGCUGGUAAGAUCGCGGUACCAAUGCUUUUCGAGCACUGCUCUAUUUCUGAGACACGCAGGGAUGUUGCUGGCAGCGCCGGACUCGAUGCUCGGAAGAACCUGGAGUUGCUUCGAACGGUGGAGUUUAUUGACGUAGGACCUCUCGCUUUGAGCACAGCAGACACGCUGACCAUUAGCCAGAUGAACGUAAGCACCAGCAGUUUCCAAGACAUGUUUGAGGUGGAGGCUGGAAGACUCCUGGCACACGAGGCCUUGGAUUGCAGCAGGUUGGCAGAAUGCAAAUUCAAGGCCAAAACCUUGCCGCCCAUGUCUGAAAUCCAAUGCUCCAUGACAAGUGGCCGCGCCUCUGGACACGGGUCUAUUUCCUGCGAGAGGUGCCUGGAAGGCAUGGUGCGGUGGAAUGAGACCUGCAUGGCAUGCCCGACAGGCGCUCAGCAAUGCGAGGUGAACAGCUUGGUCUUGCGGGCAGGGACCAUGGUGAGCCUGACGAACAUCAGUCACAGCCUCUAUUGCCCGAACCCCUCCGCGUGCCCUGGGGGAGAUGUGGAGGGGCCCUUGUGCCUGCUAGGCCAUCAAGGUCCUGGAUGUGCAGACUGCGAGGAGGAAUAUUUCCGGUCCGAUGGCAGCGUGCUGGUUUGCAGUAAAUGUGAUGCUUCGUCAGCAGGCCUAGGCAAGCAAUUGCUGCUUAUGGUCGGUAAGAGCUGCGCCAUUUUCGGCCUGGCCGCUUUUAGCGCCCUCAGCGCGAAGCAGGAAGUGAAGUUCAGCGGCGUCCUCCUCAACCAGCUUAUGUCCUUUGGCACAGUUGCUGCAACCAUUCUGACCGCCGCUAUGCAGACUGCAUCGGCAACCGGAACUAUAGACACGCUUGUCACCAACUUCGCAGAAAAUUUAGUGGACCUCAGUUCAGGCUCUAGCAGCGGGGUGAGCCACUCUUCAUUAUGCACUGUGGCGAGCCUGGGUUUGGCUCCGGAUCUGUGGAAGGCACAGCUGCUGAACAUACUUAUGCCGGUGCUGUUGGUGGCAGCAUUAGCCGUUAUGAAAAGUGGCAAGCUUUCCCUUUUGAUCGGCAUCAAUUGCUUCUUCCCAGACUUCCUUGCUUCAUUUGGCAAGUAUCUUGUUUGCUACCGUUUGGAAGAGGAGGGCAUAAACAGCAUCUACGGCCUAACUUGUCCCUUUAUGCCUGCAGGCGCCUUAGGAGGCGUUGCAGUUGUUUGUGCAGUAGGCCUGACUGGCACCCUUCUUUUCCUAGUUGUGCGUCUAUGGCUGUGGCUCUCACGACACAAUCCGGCAACUGCAGACGAGCUGCCACCAAGCCACGUGAUUUUCGUCACACGUGCAUACAAGGACAAGUAUAAGUUUUGGGAAACAGAACGCUUGCUUCGGAAAACGCUGCUAAAAUUGUUUUCUCAAAUGCUCCCGGUGACGUAUGCACCAGCAUCGCAGAUGGCGAGUGUGAGCUGCGUGCUGCUGACAUCGCUGGUGCUCUAUGCCUGGCUUCUGCCAUACAUGGACCUGAAAUGGAACGGCGCAGAAGUUGGACUUCUCGUGACGGCCAGCAUCAUGACGUCUCUCACAAGUUGCCUCUUAUCGAAUGAGGCUCACUGGGGCCGCAGUGCUUGGAUGCAGUGGGUGCUUCUGAUGAGCAUCGCCAUGCUAGCGGGCGGCAUUUGCUUGGGCGUAGGCUUCAAAUUCGUCUCCGAGUUGAUGCGCGAGCGCCAGGAGCGACCCCAGGCUGAGAAGCCUGUAGAGCUUCCAAGCGUUGACAGUGCAGGGGAGCCCGACCUCCAAGCGCAAGACGGCAAUGAGACAGCGCCGGCCCAGACAGAUAUUCCAUGA